AUGGACAAGGUCGAGAAUGUGAUGAAGGAGAAGAUGGACAAGAACUUGGAUGGGAUGGUGAAAAAAAUUGACUCUCCAUUUACCCCUAGUGUCCUGGAAUGCCCCCUGCCGCUCAAGUUUCGUCUCCCCCCGCUCGAGUUGUUCAAUGGUUUGAAGGACCCUCUGGAUCAUAUAACGACCUUCAAGAUGACCUUAACUUUACAUCAAAACCUCAAUGAAAUUCUAUGUAGGUCUUUCUCGACCACCCUCAAGGGGGCCGCGAAAGUAUGGUUUAACAAACUCACUCGUUCAUCCAUUGACGACUUCGAGCAACUCAGCAACUCCUUUGUUUGCCACUUCGUUGGUGGUCAACAUCAAAAAAGACCAGCAGAUCACCUCCUCACAAUCAAGCAAGGAGAAGGGGAGUCACUAAGAUCUUACGUGAAAAGAUUUAACAAGGAAGUGUUGGAGGUAGGCGAGGUGGAAGACAAAGUGCAACUGACUAUGUUUAAUGCUAGCUUGAAGUCAAAGGAUUUCGUGGUCGCACUUGCAAAAAGUCCCUUUGGAUCAAUGAUAGAGAAGUUGUUGAAGGCCCAAAAAUAUAUGAACGUUGAAGAUGCUUUGGCUGCAAUUGAACAUAAGGGUCCACAAAAGGAAAGAAGAAGCACCCGAGACGUGCAAAGAGGUAGAAAGAGGGAGAGAAGCUCCCCUUCAUCUAGCCGAGACUCCAUCAAUAGGGGUGGCGGUAAGCUUUCAAGGACGGUAAAUUUUACUCCCUUAGUUAUGUCUGUUAAUAAGAUUUUGAUGCAGAUCAAAGACGACCAUGCCCUUAAAUGGCCAAAACUGCUACACUCCUUGCUUAACAUUCGCGACAAGAAGAAGUAUUGCUAUUUCCACAAAGAUCAUGGCCAUUACACGGAGGAUUGCAGGGAUUUGAAAGAAGAAAUAGAAAAAUUGAUCCAAAAAGGAAAGUCACAAUAA